AGGACGCGGGAAGAAUGAGAUCCUUGCAAGGACGAGGGGCGGGAGGAUGGCUUGAAACAGUCCCCACUUCAGACAAGCACGCACUAAAGCAGAAUGAAUUUCGUCUAGCGUCUUGUCUGAGGUUGGGUGUCUGUCUGCCAUUCAGUCAGCUCCUUGUAAAAUGUGAGUGUGGAGCAGAGCUGGACAGAGAAGGAUAUCACUUGAUUACAUGUAAGUAUGGGGGAGGUCCUGUCUGGACGCACAACACCCUAGUUUCUGGAUGGAGCGAGUGUCUCAGCGAUUUGCUCAUAUGCCACCAGAUUGAGCCAAGACACAGAUACAUCCACACUGAAGAUAGACCAGACAUCACAUUUUACGACGUAGACUCAGGAACAACAAAAGAGAUAGAUGUUGCUAUGGCUCAUCCCUGGAGCAAAGAUACCAUCAAGGGAGCGUCCACGACAUGUGGAUAUGCAGCAACAAAACGAGAGGCAAGGAAGGAAGUAAAGUAUCGCAAAGAAUCAUUACCAGAUGGUUCUAAGCCUUUUGUUACUCCUCUGGUGUUCGAACACUUUGGUCGUUGGGGACCCAAAGCAGAGGAAUUUUUAAAUGAGCUUGCAAAGAAGUCCAAAGACAUGCUGGGAAGGAAAAAUGAAGCAGCGUUUAGAAGCUAUUGGAGAAGAAGAUUUUCUGUGAUUAUUCAGAAAUGUAACAGUAGAGUUGUUUUAAGAAAGCUAUCUAGGCUUUCAUUGAAUUGUUUGGAUGGACAAGACAAGCUAGAGAUGGACAAAGCCAUUCAUAGUUCUAUUCAUUAAUUAAAACGAAGAACAGUAGGAGAGUAGAACUUUUAGUACUGCAGCAAGUGAUGUAAGUAGUGACGUUUGAUGACAAUAAAACAAAUCUGUCUGUCUGUCUGUCUGUCUGUCUGUCUGCCUGCCUGCCUGCCUGUCUGUCUGUCUGUCUGUCUGUCUCUGUCCGUCUGUCUGUCAGUCUCUCUGUCUGUCUGUCUGUCUGUUUGUUUGUCUGUCUGUUUGUCUCUGUCCUUUUGUCUGUCUGUCUGCCUAUGUGCCUGCCUGCCUGUCUGUCUGCCUACCUGCCUGCCUGUCUGUCUGCCUACCUGUCUGUCUGCCUGCCUGUCUGUCUGUCUCUGUCCGUCUGUCUGUCAGUCUCUCUGUCUGUCAGUCUCUAUCUGUCUGCCUAUGUGCCUGCCUGC